AUGUCAACGGAAGCUCGUCGUAGGCUGAUGCGUGACUUUAAACGACUUCAAAAUGAUCCUCCGACAGGCAUCUCAGGUGCACCUUGUACGGAUAAUAUUCUGUUAUGGAAUGCUGUUAUCUUUGGACCUGCUGAAACUCCUUUUGAGGAUGGCACAUUCAAGCUCACACUUCAAUUUGAUGAAAAUUAUCCAAAUAGACCACCCACCGUAAAAUUCAUUUCAAGAAUGUUUCACCCGAAUGUAUAUGCAAACGGAGAGCUCUGUCUAGAUAUUCUGCAGAAUCGGUGGUCGCCGACAUAUGAUGUGGCUGCAAUCCUAACAAGUAUUCAAAGUUUAUUGCAUGAUCCAAAUCCAAAUUCACCAGCAAAUGCAGAAGCAGCGAAUUUAUACCGAGAGAAUAGAAAAGAGUAUAUCAGACGCGUACGGGAGAUUGUAGAGAGUUCUUGGGAAUGA